AUGGUUUACAAUCUAUCUAUCUAUCUAUCUAUCUAUCUAUCUAUCUAUCUAUCUCGAUCUUUUCAUUAUUAUCUAUCUAUCUAUCUAUUUUCAUAUCUAUAUCGAUCUUUUUUAUAUCUAUUUAUUUCAGUCUAUUUACAUCUAUCUAUCUAUCUAUCUCGAUCUAUCUCGAUCUUUUCAUUAUCUAUCUAUCUAUCUAUCUAUCUAUCUAUCUAUCAAUAUUUUUUAUAUCUAUCUAUUUCAGUCUUUUUACAUAUCUAUUUAUUUCAUCUAUUUAUCUACCUAUCUUUUCAUUAUCUAUCUAUCUAUCUAUCUAUCUAUCUAUCUAUCUAUCUCUUUUUUUUUCUAUUUAUAUAUAUCAAUCUUUUAUCUAUCUAUUUAUUUCAGUAUAUAUCAAUCUUUUUAUAUCUAUUUAUUUCAUCUGUUUUACAUCUAUCUAUCUAUCUAUCUAUCUAUCUAUCUAUCUAUCUCAGUCUGUUCGUAUUAUCUAUCUAUCUAUCUAUCUAUCUAUCUAUCUAUCUAUCUAUCUAUCAUUGA